GAGAAACCAGGGGGGCGAAGCACCGUCCAAUGACAAAGCCCAGGGGUGGGCGCCGGCCGCCAUCUUGAACCGGGCGGCAGGAUAUCCACCCGCGUCCUCCGCCCUCGGAGGGGGAGGGGCGGAGGAGGCGAGAAAAGUAGCGAGAGACGCGCCGGGCUGGAGACGCCAGCAGCGGCCACCACAGCCGAGCCAAGCCAGACUCGGGCGGGCUCGGCGGCGACAGCGAGAGCAGGCGAGCGCGGGCGGCCUCGAGUGGCCUCCGAUGCGGCGCAGCGUGAAGAGGCGCCGGCGCCGGCCCCCGGCCGCGGCCGCCCGGGGCGGUGGCUUUAGAGCGGGAGGAGGGGCCGGGCUGGAGGCGCGGGAGGAGAAGGUGGUGUACUCCCGGUCGCAACUGUCGCUGGCCGACAGCACCAAGGCGCUGGGCGAUGCCUUCAAGCUGUUCAUGCCCCGCAGCACGGAGUUCAUGAGCUCGGACGCGGAGCUCUGGAGCUUCCUCUGCAGCCUCAAGCACCAGUUCUCCCCGCACAUCCUGCGCAGCAAGGACGUCUACGGCUACGCCUCCUGCCGGGCCCUGGUGCCUGACCCCCCGGAGCCCCCUACCGCCCGCGGCCUGACGCGCCGGCCGGCCCCGCGCGCGGCCGCCAGGAGGAGGCGCCGCGGAGCCCGGGCUGCCGCCGCGGGCAGGAGGCGGCCCCGGCUGCCCCCGCCGCCUCCGCAGUCACCGCCGCCGCUGCUGCCGCCGGCCCCCGAGCAGUCCUGCCCGGAGAAGUCCUCGGCGCCCGAGCCCUGCUUCGGGGGCCGCACCCUGGAGGAGAUCUGGAGGGCAGCCACCCCGACGCUGACCACCUUCCCCACCAUCCGCGUCGGCGGCGACGUGUGGGGCGAGCGCAGCCUGGCGGCGGCGCGACGCAAGGCGCGCCAAGUCCUGCGAGUGGACCUGGAACCCGUGGUGAGGCUCCGCCGCUUCCCGGUGCCCCGGGCGUGAGGCGCCGCCCCGAGGGCGCCUCCUGCAGGUCCCCGGCCCAAGAUGGAGUUUCUGCUUGGAGAAAUGAACAAGUGUCAGUCGAGUGUUUACAGACUCCUCCAGGACCGUCCCCUAGUGCACUUUACGCGCGAGGAAGUCCCGGGAUAGCUUCCCUGCCCCGCGCCCCCGGGAUGCGGCCCCGCGUCUGGAACUCCGGGACAGGUGUACCCUCUGCCGCCUCCCCGCACCGCGUCUGCGACGGAGGAGACUGCAGGACUUACAGGGGAGGUCCCUUUGCUUCCGAACCCCAGAUUGAGAAGUCUCCAGGACUAUAGGGGCAGAUUGGUUUUCUCCCUUUCGGACUCUACCUCACUGGUCUGGAAGUCCUCCGAAGAAGUCAUUCUUUUCCAAAGGAAUUUGUUUUCGUGCUUGUAUAAUAAAAGCCAGAAUUUGCUUGCUCUUUAACCCCCGCCUCCAUUUUUCUUUUUGACUGCCACCCCUCUUUCUGGACGGAAGAUCAAACAUAUUUUGUGGUGUUGCACUAGUUUGUGCUCAGGGUAUUCUGAAUCCCACUCGUUUCUGAAUUUUUACUGAAUUUCAAAGCUUUGACCAAGGAUUUUUUUUUUUUUUUUGAGAGGUUCAAGCUUGACUGUUAGUAAUGCAAGAAUUUAUAUGGCUUUGAUUUUCAUGGGCUCAGUGAUUACAAACAAAAGAGAUGUAAAGUCCAAUUUCUUAACGUUUUAAAGGUGUUUCUAAACGAUUUUAUAUUGAAGUUUAAUGUUUAUAUUUACUGAGCUCCUAAAGCAAAUGGUAGAAUACUCAUACAAAGUUUUGUUUAUGAAAAGUCGACUUGUUGAAUUCUUUUUUAAUUGAAUAAAAAUUGAAGUGCAUUGAAACCACAUGGCUUGUGAUUGGGGGAAAAAAGAAUCGUGAAGAACUGGUGUUGGUUGCAGGAAUGACUGGAAUUCAAUUGGAGAUAAUCUGGCAACAUGUCCUGGUCAAACAUAAAAAUCCAAGAAUGUUAAUGAGAAGAUAAUAUGUUUUAAAAUUGAAGUCACAUAGGAGAGAUGAAUGUGUGUAAACGUUGUGAAUAAAGUGACAAACAGAAUACCCAUUAGAAACCUCAACAUGAUCUAUAGAGAAGGGUGGGGGCAUUUCUUGGUAUCAAGUAACUGGUUGAAGUUACUUUGGGCAAAAUAGAUCCCUUUGUUUUUAUUGUUGGAUAACAAGAAAUGCCAAGACUAGUAUUCAUCAUAUCUGUAAACAUUAUGACAAUUAGUUGGCUUUUUUGUCCUGUGAAUUUUCUUUUUUUCCAUUCAUAGUUCGUUUGCAGUCUUUGUUUGAUAGCUGAAGGCCACAGAAAUCAAACAGGCAAGCCACCCAGAGUACUGACCCUUAUUUUACACUUUUGUAAUAGUGUGUAUACCAUAUGGCCUAGUGUGGAAUUCUUGAUUAUCCAAGUGCCUUUGGUCAAUGGUGGCAGCAAGACUUACUGGUUAUUAGACAGUGGUGCCACAGCCAGCUUUUACUGCAAUACCUAAAGGGUCAAGUAGUGUUUUUGUACCACAAUUAUUUCAAAUUCAAGUAUUCUGCCAUGGAACUAUCCAUAAUGGGCUGGAACUUGGCAUGUGAAACCCUCAAUACAAAGGUUUAUCUCUGCUUGGCAGCUUAUUAGGAGAAUAACGAGAGUUGUGAUUUUUACUCUUGUUUUCCUAGAAUUCAAAUGGCAUAGCUCUCUGAAAUAAUUAUUUUAAGUUUAAUAGUCCAUAGUAGAAAUGUUGUGACUUUGAUUUCAGUGUUCUUGUUUUGAAAAAAAAUUAUAUACAUACAUAUAUAUAUAUGACUUUAUGCCAGUUUCCCAGUAAGCCUCAUAGUCUUAUUCACUACUCAAUGAUGAUGCAUCCUUACAAACACUGUCACAUGGGUAAAUAAAAAAGUGAAUAAUUACUUAGAAGAUGGAGAGUGUUAAAUUAUAGUUGUAUGAUAGGAAGCUGAGACAUUUUUUGGUUAUUAGCUUCCAUUGCCAAUUGUAUUUCAUAUACAUAGGAGUUUCUUUCCAAAAAUAUAUUGUUAACUUUUAUAGCUAACUAGCACCUGAAAAAGAUGUAUUAUACCAUUUCACUAUUGUAUAUAGUUUUAUAAUAAUUUUUAAAGUAAAUCCAAUGGCCAUAUUAGAAUGUAAUUUCAACAUGUAGCUUAUCUAGAUAGUUUUCCUGAGGAUUUUGAAAUUAGCUGAGAAUAACUUUUCUCAGCACACAACUGAAACAUAACCAGUGACACCUUGCAUUUGUUUUAACUGAUAUUCUUGACAUUUUUUUCCUCUUAUGCCUUGUUACUUUAGUGCACUUGAAUGUGUGUAAAUGCUUUUUUGGCUUAUUUGGGUUAUCUGAUUUCAGUUUGAAUCUGAUUGCCCAUCUUGAAGUCAAUAUGGUUCAUGUGGACUAUUAAAUAAUGCCGUUUCUAGUUUGUGAAGUAAGAUGUAAGAAAUAUUUUUGCCAAGUUUUCUUUAGCAAAACCUAUCUUGCAACUUCUAAAAUGUGGAGAAACAUCUGAUAUAGUUGACUAGUAUGUUAAUAGGAAAGUGAAAGUAUUUUAUGAUUACCUUUGGGCAGAGUGUGAAAAGAAACUUGGCAUAGUGGCCUUUAUGGUGAGGCAUCCAUUAAUUGUCUCUGAAGUGAGUCUGUAGCUUAGCUUGUGUAUAGUUUUUUUUUUUUUUUUUUUUUAAAGAAGUCCCAUUUGUUUGUUCUCUUGCCUUCAUUUAUAUCUCAUAUGACACAAGUAGAGGAGGAAGCUAGGAGGAAUUUUAUCACCUUGCUAUAUUUCUGUUUGAUUUUUGACUUUUGGGUGCCUAAAUGUGACUGGCACAACAAAUAAUCUUUUUGGUAUUUUUUACAUUCCUUCCUAACAACCAGCAACUCAUUUUCUAUGUCACUAAAACCAGUAAUGUCAUGAUUGUGAGGGCAAGCUUCAUCAUUGAUAGUGCAAAGUGUUGCUGUUGUGGCGUGUAUUUAUUUUUGUUUGAGUACUCUAUUGGACAAGUGUAACUUAAGCUAGUGGCACAUACUUGUUGAUUUGCUAUGAGCAAAUGUUAGUACUAUUUUUCAGAAAACUCUUCAAUAAAAUCUUUUAAAAUCAUUGAAUAAAAAAAGUCUGAGCAAUUUUGAACUCAAAAGGUUUUUUUGGUCGUUUUAAGGGUUGGGUUGCCACAGCACUCUUUAAAUUGAUAAUUUUUAAUGAUCAUAUAUACCUAACAUUUGCUUUAUUGGUGUGUUGAAAUAUUUUUUUGAUAAACUGUUAUGUCUUAAUUGCACUAGAAAGCAAUUGUUUGUAGUGGAACUGAAGUGUUUCCCUGGACAGUUUAAUGUGCAUAUGAUUAAGAUUUACAAUUUGGUUGUACUUUGCUUUUUAACUUAUUAACUGUAAAUAAAUUUUAGAGAAUACA